UUCUCACCAUCUUCGAAGAAACCAGGUGACAUCGCUGACGCCAUGAAGUACCUGGCAAUCCUCGCUCUGACGGUGACCAUCGCAUCUUGCGCCCCGGAACGCUUACGUCGAUAUCUGGACUUCGGAUGGGGCCAUGACGGUGUUGUGUAUUACGAUGAUUAUGGUCAUAAUGGAGUGUCAAUUUCUGGACCAGUGGCACCUGCCACCAAAAUAAUUGGACCUGUACAGCCGCCGGUUUCCGUGGUGGGACCUGCUGCUGGAUCGGCCACCAUCGUGGGACCAUCGGCUGGAGACGCCAUUAUUGCCGGUCCCUCCGGUACCAUAAUUUCCUCGAGCCUCGGUCAUGGUCACGCACUGGUGUAUCCUUAUGGCCCCCUGGGAUUCCAUGGCUAUUGGUAGCCCUUGAUCAUGCUCCAUCGGAAACAGUCCUUGUUCCCCGGCGAAUCCGAGGCCAUCUUCCGAGGGAUUCCACCAAAAGCAGCCAACCAAUCGUCGGGCCUCCCUUCGAAGUUCCAAAGUUUACGCGAUGCGCUCUUACCUACGGACACAAUUUCUAUACACACGGUCGAGGCAAGUCCUCGACUUUUCAGGAGCCGAAACUUCGGAUACUCUUUCCCCCGAGAAGUUAGAAUGACCUCGGGAGCAAUGGUGCUUUCGCAAAUACGCAUAGUUGGACGUACAAUUGCGCAUAGUCGUCCGAGUUAAAUGAUCUGCGAACUGUACCGGCGCGAGUUUCAUGAAACUCGGGGUGCUGCAAUUAACGUACUGUACUGUAAUUCCUCCUGGUGCUUUCUUGUCGAUUCUAAGCCGACCAGAAUCUUAAGCUCGAUAAGCCACCUCCCGAGAAGAAGUUGGAACCCGACAAUUGGUUUACCUUCGUUUUCAGAAGUUUAUCCCGCGCUGGGGCGGCCGAUCAAUCCCGGAGCAUGGCUUAACUUUUGCAAAAAGUCAGGAGUAAUCAGCGGUAAAUCGAGGCGUGUAACGUUUAAGCGAGGCAGUAAUUAGAUUUGCAUGCCAGCUUCGAUAUCGUCGGUCGAUGCUGUAUGGCGCUAUGGAAAUUGACGUUGGUAAGAUAGGCGCUCCCCUUCGAAGCAGAAGUGCAUUGUCGAAGUUCCGACUCACCGUGCACUAAUUUCAACCGGUCGUCCGGAUAAUCUUAAAAAUCCUUUGUAAUUCAACCUUGCUCUACCAUUGUACGAUAUUCACCGGAGAAAUGUAUCGGAAUAAAAUUUCCUUGGAGAAGA